ACCUAGCAACCUCUGAAACAAACACGUUAGCGGAGAGCUAACUAGCUAAUUGUUUUACGCUCAGAGAUUCGCAUUGUUCUGGUAAUGGCUCAUGAGCUAAGCAAUGAGGAAGAGCGAGAUACCCUUGAAUGGAUAGAUAAAAUACCUUUCUCCAGGCCCAAAAAACACAUCAACAGGGACUUCAGUGAUGGAGUGAUGGUUGCGGAGAUUGUCAAGUAUUAUUUCCCAAAGAUUGUUGACAUUCACAACUAUAUUACUUCCUGCAAAAAGCAGCAGAAACUCAGCAACUGGAGCCUUCUCAACAAGAGGGUGUUUUCCAAGCUGGACUUUUAUAUCACAGAGGAAAUGGUGGAGAAGAUUGUUUCAAGCACUCCUGGGACGAUACUACCAGUGCUGUUUUUCCUGAAGAAAAAGUUAGACAAGAAACUGUUGCAAACAACCAACAGUAGACCAGAUUACGUUGGCAGCGGGAGCCAGGAGAAACCGUUUUCAGAUGUAGAAAUUCAACAGGCUGAAGCAAGAAUUGUGGCUCAGCUGGCAGAGAUGAAGAGUACAGAGGCAACAGUGAACCCGCAACCAGUGACAUUUUUCACAGAGAUGAACCUUUCAGCAAUCCGGCAAGUCAUGCUGGAAAAAGAACUUCAGGUGCAGGAACUUCAGGAAAUUGUGAAGAUCCUCCAGUUGAAAGUGAGCAAGUUGGAGGAGCUGGUUCAUUUGAAGGACAAGCGCAUUGAACAUCUGACAUGUUUUCCAGAGACGUACAUUACUAAACUACAGCUGCCCGAUUAAAAAGCAACUCGCAUUCACACGC